UAUACAACUAAUUUAUUCCACAACAGAAGAGUUUCUUCUAAUUGAAAUUAGUUGUCAUUUUCUUCUGAUUGAACUCUCUUUGCUGGGCAGUAUCUAUUUGAUGUGCCCGAAAUCGGAAAAAAGCCGUCCACGGAGAUUCUCCGGACGUUGUCAGUUUCUUCUAUUUGAAAAUAUUGUUUCCUACCUUCUAUCUUUCCCGUUCUCGCGUACAUACUGCACGGGCUCCAGGAAUGCACGCCAGGCCAUGCCAGGUGAACACGCUAACACGCCACCUUUUUAGUCACAAAGUCAUAUUUUUUUGGCAGUGGUCGACCAUGUGGCAUUUGGAACACAAAUCGCGCCUCAAAUUGUCAUGAUUGUUGAACAAACUUGCAUGUGGCUUUGUAAUGGGAAAUGGUUUGGAGACAAUGUGCUGCGGUCGAUCUACUAAAGCCAAGGCGAGGCAGGCAUACGCGGCGACAAUUCCAAUUUGCAGCCUUUGUUUCAGGUGUUCAUGUUUCCGAGCAUGCUACUUUGAAAGGCAGAACUGCAGAGGUUCAAGAUCUCCUUGCAGAAUUGCAAUACCAAGUUGGAUGCCCUGAUCCAGGAAGAGAUAGAUGACCUUUUCGGCAAAGUUGAUGUGGACGGCAGCCAAGCUUUGGACAUGAGCGAAGCCAAGUCAAUGGUAAGCAAACUAGAAGACAGAGGUUUCGAAUUUCCGUGCGAAGUCGGUGCAUUUGAUCAAGAUGGCGAUGGCAAUAUUGACAAGCAGGAGGUUUCUUAUGCUGUGCGAGCAGCGCUUCGGGAAAGGCCAAAGAAUUUGGAACUAAUUUCGAACAAGCUAGACGACAUUGAUGCCCUCAGCCGGGAUGCGUGGAAUCUGAUCGAUGGGACGCAAGAAGGCUACAUCAGCAUUGCCCAGUUCUCGCAGUUCUAUGUAGAGUUGGGCCAGGUCAUGGACGAGAAAGUCCCGACGUAUCAGGAAGUGUGGGAGUUGACAAGAAAGUACGACACCGACAGCGACAGCUUUCUGACCUAUGACGAGUUUGAACUACUUUUUUGUGACUACCUUUGCCGGACAGCCUUCAAGCCUGAAGAGUUCAAGGUUGAUUCAGACUCCGAUGCCUAAAAGGCGAGCCUUCCUGGUCGGUCGACAAUUGACGGGUGAUUUGAAGCGUUUCACCCUAGCUUGUGGCCAAAGCUGCCAAAGUCUCAAAGCAAAGACGUGAAUCAAAAC